GAAAAGUAUAAAGGGAGCGGCAUGCGAGUGAUUCAAGGGCAUCGUCACUCAGGUCGUACACGAGCACCCAACAGUCAACCAUGAAGUUCACUGCUGCUAGCGCCCUCUCUUGCGCCGCUCUCGCCGCCGCGUCUGCCGUCACACAGGAGAAACGCGCCGACUGCCCCGAGGCAUCACGCUUUGGCGUCCUUCAGGUCGUGCCCUCCAACCUCACCGUCGGCUCCGGCUUCACUAUCCACACCGACUUCAGCUGCGCGCGCACCUUCGGCAUCGUGCCCAAGUACACGGACUACUACAUCUCCGUGCCCGAGGGCAACAACGGACACGAGCCGCCCGUGCUGCUCUACCGCCGCGACUACAACCCCGCCGGUGGCGACUGGGACACCUUCACUGCUGAUGUCCCUGCCGCGUUCUACUUCAACGCGAGCUACGCUGUCGAAGUGCAGGUAACGUACCCCCAGAAUGGCACGGACGGCCAGCAGUACUUCACGAUGGGCUCUACUUACCUCCCGAUCGACCUCACUGUUCCCCAAGACCCUAACUAA